UGUUCAGAACGUGUUGUAACAAGUGUCCACCAUGGUCUAGACGCCCAUGGGACACAUAGCAACACUACGUAAGUCCUCCAAACUCUUGUCCAUGGCGAAGAUAGUUUUGUUCUGCGCUGAGUUCUUGCUGUGCCUCACUCCCGUGCCGGCGAUUUAUACAGGAGACAGUUAUCCUAAAAAGAUAGAGAUCAAAGAUAACUGGUAUGUUUGGUGGUGCGACAGAGAUCAAGUGUUCGACUCGUCUCGUUUACCGGCGGGUUUGGGCUCUGAGUUUAAAAGCCCAGGCUCAUGUGAAGCAGUGAAAGACACGGACCAAAACUUCGGAGGAUGCGACACUAGCCCUCCUGACCUUGAGAACAGCGACAAAACAUGGGAACACCCUUUGUACAGUGGGACAACCCAAGUUGCCUUCUACCGUCACUGCAAUGGAGACACACGUAUCUGGUCACAACGGCGCGGCAAGUUCACUUACUGCAUUGACAGAGAUUGGACACCCAUGGACGACCUCUGUUACCCGAAAUGCGAUAGACCGACAGACUGCUCCGAGGUAAACAGCAAUCAAGACGAUACUUUCGAAAUAUGCACACAGGAAUAUGCUUUUCCAAUCAAGGUGUACUGCGAUGCGGCCUUCGACUACACACUGGUGCUCCAACUCAUAGAGAUGAAGAGAGACCUGAAACUUUCCAAACAGGAUUCUCAAUACCCGCAGGGCGAUUAUACUACGAAUUCGUACUUCAUCGGUAAGCAACGACCUUCCAUCUGUGCCUUUUAAGACGUAUUAAUAAUAUUGUUCCCUGUGUUUUGCAGUUUGCCCGUUCCCAGCGUGCGAAUUGAUGAAUGAAUCCAAAUCCUUUCCCUCUUUCAGGAAUGAAGAACUUA